UGAUGAGAAAGAGGUGGAGAAGCAGCGCGUUGGUAUGAAAAUGUAAAAGCGAGCCGUCUGCGUCGAGCUGAGCGCUGGGCGGGUUCUGGCGGCGAUGUGGGAACUUUAACUAGAAAUAAGAUUCCUGCAACCUGAGCGCAGUGCAAAGACCUGGCUGGCGACUCUGCUGGGCUUUCGUCAGCAGCUCUCUCCCAACCGCAUCCUCUUCAGCUUGCAGCACGGGGAUAAAAAUGAGGUGAACUGAUGAUGAGCACUGUCCAGUGCUAGAACUAACCGAAGAGGGAACUCUUUAGCAAAUAUGCUGUUUUGUGGCUUUUGGUUUCUACAUAGUUCAGCUUUCCGCUUUAACUCUCGGGUAGAAAUUUGCCAAAGUAUCUCAGGGAAGCGGUAACCUGCAUGGUUCUUCUUCACGAAUGUAACAACUCAAAACAAUGGACAGAUGAUAUCAAUUAAACUGCACUUGGCAGCUGACUUUAUCAGAGUAACAAGCAACUGCGUAAGCAGUGCCAGACAGCAAGGAUUUUUAUUACCCUAGCCACUGGGAAUUAUGUACAGUGUCUCAGUUCUCCGAGUGACUGCCGUUUCUACGUAGAUCUUUUCAGGAUUUGUAAUCAUGUCUGUUACUGCAACAGAAGGCGAAAUUCCUAGAUUUUUUGUGGGUGGUGAAGAUCCAGAUGAGUUUUUGAAUCCAUCCAGGUCUGCAGAAUUUGAAGCCUUUUAUGAUCAUGAAGAUGAAGACGAUGAGUAUGAUUCUCCACCAGAAAGACAGAUCAUGGUUGGAAUAUGUUCUAUGGCAAAGAAAUCAAAAUCAAAACCAAUGAAUGAAAUCCUUGAACGCCUUUCCAUGUUUAAAUAUAUCACAGUAGUAAUAUUUGAAGAAGAUGUGAUUUUGAAUGAACCCGUGGAAAACUGGCCUUUAUGUGACUGUCUCAUUUCUUUUCAUUCUAAAGGAUUUCCAUUAGACAAAGCCGUUGCCUAUUCAAAGCUGAGGAAUCCUUUUGUUAUUAAUGACUUGAAUAUGCAAUAUCACAUACAAGACAGGAGAGAGGUUUAUGGCAUUCUCGAAGCUGAAGGUAUUUUACUUCCUCGUUACGCAGUUCUAAUCCGUGAUCCAAACAAUCCACAAGAAUGCAAUUUGAUUGAAGGCGAAGAUCAUGUGGAGGUGAACGGAGAAGUUUUCCAAAAACCAUUUGUGGAGAAGCCCGUCAGUGCUGAGGACCACAAUGUUUAUAUUUACUAUCCAACAUCUGCUGGUGGUGGAAGUCAGAGGCUCUUUCGGAAAAUCGGUAGCAGAAGCAGUGUUUAUUCCCCUGAAAGCAGUGUGCGGAAAACUGGUUCAUAUAUCUACGAGGAGUUCAUGCCUACAGAUGGCACUGAUGUAAAGGUAUACACAGUAGGACCAGAUUAUGCACAUGCAGAAGCUCGUAAAUCCCCUGCACUGGAUGGAAAAGUGGAGCGGGACAGUGAAGGGAAAGAAGUACGGUAUCCAGUCAUCCUUAAUGCAAGGGAGAAGCUUAUAGCUUGGAAAGUAUGCCUAGCUUUUAAGCAAACAGUUUGUGGCUUUGAUCUGUUGCGUGCAAAUGGACAAUCUUACGUCUGUGAUGUCAAUGGCUUUAGUUUCGUGAAGAAUUCUAUGAAAUAUUAUGAUGAUUGUGCUAAAAUCCUUGGAAAUAUCGUAAUGCGAGAACUUGCUCCACAGUUUCAAAUCCCGUGGUCGAUACCUUUAGAAGCAGAGGAUAUUCCUAUUGUGCCAACUACAUCUGGAACAAUGAUGGAACUUAGAUGUGUUAUUGCUGUUAUACGGCAUGGAGAUCGAACACCAAAACAAAAAAUGAAAAUGGAAGUUAAACAUCAAAAGUUUUUUGAUCUUUUUGAAAAAUGCAAUGGAUACAAGUCUGGGAAGCUAAAAUUAAAAAAGCCGAAGCAAUUACAGGCAAUACUUGACAUUGCAAGACACCUCUUAAUAGAGCUAGGACAAAAUAAUGACUCUGAGAUUGAAGAAAACAAAUCUAAACUUGAACAGCUGAAAACUGUGUUGGAGAUGUAUGGACAUUUUUCUGGCAUAAACCGCAAAGUUCAGCUGACGUAUCUUCCUCAUGGUUGUCCCAAAACAUCUAGUGAAGAAGAAGAUAGCCACAAACGUGAGCCAUCUCUACUCUUAGUUCUAAAAUGGGGAGGAGAAUUAACACCUGCAGGCAGAGUUCAGGCAGAGGAACUAGGAAGAGCUUUCCGAUGCAUGUACCCAGGUGGACAAGGUGACUACGCUGGAUUUCCAGGAUGUGGUUUACUUAGACUGCAUAGUACCUAUCGGCAUGAUCUCAAAAUUUAUGCUUCGGAUGAAGGCAGAGUUCAAAUGACUGCGGCAGCUUUUGCAAAGGGACUCCUGGCAUUGGAGGGAGAGCUUACUCCUAUACUUGUCCAGAUGGUCAAAAGUGCUAAUAUGAAUGGGCUACUCGACAGUGACAGUGACUCUCUUAGCAGCUGCCAACAUCGUGCAAAGGCACGCCUUAAUGAAAUACUCCAAAGAGACAGAGACUUUACUGAUGAAGACUAUGAAAAGCUCACACCAUCCGGCAGUGUUUCUCUGAUAAAAUCAAUGCAAGUCAUUAAAAACCCCGUUAAGACAUGUGAUAAGGUAUAUUCCUUGAUCCAGAGUUUGACAUCUCAGAUCAGAAGACGGAUGGAAGAUCCUAAGUCUGCAGAUAUUCAGCUUUAUCACAGUGAAACGCUGGAGCUAAUGUUGCGUAGAUGGUCCAAGCUUGAAAAGGACUUUAAAACAAAGAAUGGAAGAUAUGACAUCAGUAAAAUUCCAGAUAUCUAUGACUGUAUUAAGUAUGAUGUCCAGCAUAAUGUCUCUUUAAAACUAGAAAACACAAUGGAACUAUAUAGACUGUCAAAGGCGUUAGCUGACAUUGUUAUACCACAGGAAUAUGGUAUUACUGCAGCUGAGAAAAUAGAAAUAGCUAAAGGGUACUGCAAUCCACUACUGAGGAAAAUCCGGUCUGAUCUUCAAAGAACUCAAGAUGAUGAUACAGUUAACAAGCUCCACCCUUUGUAUUCCAGUGGGGUUAUGUCUCCUGAACGUCAUGUCCGAACUAGGCUAUACUUCACCAGUGAGAGCCAUGUCCAUUCCUUACUAUCAACUCUUCGCUUCGGUUCUUUAUGUGAUCCAUCAAAAGAUGAACAGUGGAAACGAGCUAUGGAUUAUCUGAAUGCUGUCAGUGAACUCAAUUACAUGACUCAGAUUGUGAUCAUGCUGUAUGAGGAUCCAAACAAGGAGCUUUCAUCAGAGGAGCGUUUCCAUGUGGAAUUGCACUUCAGUCCAGGAGCUAAAGGCUGUGAAGAAGAUAAAAAUUUACCGUCAGGCUUCGGAUACAGACCUGCUUCACGGGAGAAUGAUGGCUCAAGGAAAAACUCCCAGAAAAAUGAAAGUGAUGAGGAAUCACAUGCUUGUAGAAGGGAUGAAACAGAUCGAUCUGUAAUGAUCUUCAAGCCAUUGGUGUCAGAUCCAAUUCAUAUACACAGAAAGUCGCCUCUUCCAAGACCCAGGAAAAUUGGUUCAUCAGAAGAAGAGAGCCCCCUGAGUGUGUCUAGCCCAGAGUGUAUUGGUACCUGGCUGCAUUACACCAGUGGUGUGGGUACUGGGCGUCGAAGACGCAGAUCAGGGGAACAAAUCACUUCUUCCCCUGUCUCCCCUAAAUCAUUGGCUUUCACAUCCAGUAUUUUUGGCUCAUGGCAACAGGCGCAGUUUAGGAGUGUUCAUUUGGUCCCAACAGAAACCAACAGUUAUUUCCGACCACCAAGAACUAUUGUGGAGCAAAAGGCAAGCGGUAUAGGGUCUCACUGUGCGAGCCUGUUUAGCACUUCGGUGCUCGGGGGUUCUUCAAGUGCACCUAACCUACAGGAUUAUGCUCGUAUUCAUCGUAAAAAGCUGACUUCUUCUGGCUGCAUAGAUGACACCACACGUGGUUCUGCUGUUAAAAGGUUUUCUAUCUCAUUUGCUCGACACCCAACCAAUGAACAUCCAGACCUCUUUAGGUGCUGGUCGGUUUCUUCUGAGGAAUUUCUAGGCGCCAGUGGUAUGUCUUUAUAGCUUUUGAAUGUAAGACGGCAGGGUGGCUUUCUAAGUUGCUGCGCUAACCCUUUCAUUGUCUUUCAUUUUGAUGGAAACUGGUAUGUUAAGAUAGAGGUCAGCUCAUGUUAGCAGAUCAAACAUUUGAAGGGAUACUGUCCAAUACGUAGAUGUCUUUUUAAAAAUAAAAGAACACAAAUGAAUAGGUUUUUACCAUUUUCAAUUUCAAUCCAGUGGAAAUGGCCUCUCGGCACAUGUCUCAGGGUAUUUCUCCAAUGCUUGAUAAUCCAGUUAUGAAGCUGCUAAAAGAUGGGUGUGUGCACAAGUGAAUAGUUGGUUUUUAUUGCCCUAGGUAAAUAAAGCUAAAAGUAUGCAGAAAUAUAAAUGACACUAUUGAGCUUCAGAUUUAACUGUUUCAAAGGAUAUUUAUUGGACAUGAGGGAAUUAUAAGCACCAAAAUAGACACGAGCACUUAAAGAAAAUAGCCUGCCAUAGUCCCAUGAAAUUGUUCCUUACAUAGAUACUCAUACACAUUUGUGGAUUUUCUCCAGUCAGGGAAAGCUGCAGUUCUCGUGGAAUUUACUGUAAUGCAAAGAAAGGGUUCGCGCUUGCCUGCAUGCGUAGUGUUGUAUUCUUAGAAGAAUUAUUACGCAUUAAACACAAUUAACUUGAAGCACACACAGAGGCUUAACUGCUACAAUUCAAUCAGAUACCAAAAUGUUCAUUUGCAAAGUUUCCUUCUCUAGAAAUUUAAGGAGAGAAAAGUGAUUUCAGAUAACAAGAAUUUGAAUUCUUUAGUUUUGGAGUUCACUAUAGUUUACUUCAUAUUACAUUUAAAUGUACCUUGCACUAAAAACAUGAAUACUUUUUCAUUAGCAAACCUAUGUCAUUGAAAAAAAAGGUCUUGAGAGAAAUUUAGCAACUUAAGUAAAAUUACAGUUUUUGUUUUCGGAAUUAUAAUAGUGAAACUUUAUAUGGACAAUUUUUUUGUGGGGAGCUGUCUGAAUCAGUUCACAAGUGCUUUUUAAAGCUUAUGUACGCAUAUGGAGUUUUAAAUUAACAUUAGUUCAGGUAUGCAUGGUUGAUUAUGUUUUUACUUAUGAUGCCUAACCCUGGAUUUCAGAUUUAUUUGUGGCUUGACAGUAACUGUUAUAAAAGUAAUGAAGCUGGAUGUAAAUAAUAUUAAGGAAACUUGUCAUAAUCCUGGAAGAGGGUUGUCCUUGCUUUCUUCUCAGAAAACAGUACUUUCAGACUUAGAUGACCAGGAGUUUUGACUUGAAGAGCCAGCUCUGAUGCCUAUGGAAGUGACAUAGGGACAUGCUGAGCCUUUACUUCAUUGAUUUCUUAAGUCUGUUUUAUAUAGAAAUUUAUAAAUUGAAUGAAAACCUAGAUUAGAGUUAUCGGAGAGUACAAUGGAUAAGUAGGUCUACAUCUGUGUAAGUGGUGGUUAAAUUGCUGCCUUAGACUUAUUUAAAUAAAAAUGUUUUUGUAUUAUGUAUAUGCAGAACCAUGAGCUUCAUAUAUAGGAAAUUCUGACAGCCUUUAGUCCAGCUCCAUAUUGUUUCAGUAUCUGAAGUGUUUACUGUAUGGUUGCAUGUGUUUGGAUGGAGCCAGAAUCAUGUUUGAGGCUUUUUGGUUCCAUCUUUCUCACUGCAGGCCUGCAUGUACCAUGUGUCUACCUGAGAAAACUCCCUUCAGAAAGUCAAGCAAUCAUUCUGGAGCUGCUUCUGAUGCAGUGCAAAAGGAGCAGAAAUCUGGAGAGUUGCACUGGGUUCAGAAGUGCUUUGGUGCACAUGGCACGGGUCUCUUUGUAUUUUGGCCUUUUAAGCAUACUUCUGCAGCACAUGUCUUUGCCAUUAUAAUUGCUCAGUUGCUUCCUUUUAUGUUGGAAAUAUGUGGUGUGUGUGUCUGUGUUUUCUUUUUCAGGCUUUGAAUUGUAUUCCAUGGUGCCUUCAAUCUGCCCUCUAGAAACCCUCCAUAACUCCUUGUCAUUAAAGCAGGUGGAUGAA